AUUUUGUUGUUGACGUUCUCUCACUAGUUUUGUUGUAAAAGAAAAUAAAAUGGAAAAACUUGAAGCGCUUAAAAUUUCGUCAAUGCGCCCACGCAGCAAUAUACUUGAUCGUCCGUUGUCUAAGGGAAAAUCCGAGGUAUCACAAAGUAUUGUGGCACUGCUGUUUAGCGAGAUUGUGCAGUAUUCCCAAAGUCGAGUUUUCACAGUGCCUGAAUUGCAAACAAGAUUACACGACUUGGGACAGGAUGUGGGCACACGCAUCAUUGAUUUGUACUUUGUACGGGAGCGCAGUUCCAAGCGAGAGACAAAGCUGACGCAAAUGCUGCUCUUUGUGAAGACAACUGUGUGGAAGAAUCUGUUCGGCAAGGAGGCAGAGAAACUGGAGCAUGCAAACGAUGAUGAGCGCACCUAUUACAUCAUUGAGAAGGAACCACUGGUCAACACCUUUAUAAGUGUGCCCAAGGACAAGAGCUCUUUGAAUUGUGCCAACUUCACGGCCGGAAUCGUUGAGGCGGUGUUAACCCAUUGUGGGUUUCCAUGCAAGGUAACUGCGCACUGGCACAAAGGCACCACCUACAUGGUCAAGUUCGAGGACUUUGUCAUAGCACGCGACAAGCAGAUGGAGGAAAAGUAAAAAGUAGCGAUAGACUUAAUCAAAAUACAUAUAUAAAAUUUACGUUAA